AUGUUUGUUCAUGGUCCACGUCGAGUUUAUUCCGCUGAAUCUUCCGACGAGUCGGAAGAGGGAAGUGGCGAAGAAGGAGGUCCUGGAGAUGUUCUUCAGAAACGCAGGGAAGAAUGCGAGCGGAAGGCGCGACGUGGCGAGAUGGAUCCUCGUCUGGAGUUCGCGUUUCAGCUUCUCAUGGAUGCGACGGGACUCCCACGUAACGAGGUCAUGGACCACGUAUUCGAGGGGGAUAUGCUCGAUGAAAUCAACCACCUGUUCAUGCCGCACAUGAGAUGCACCCUUGUUUGGUUUUACCAAGAAGUAGAAGAACCAGAGCCUCAACUUCCGGUGGACACGGGUCCAACGAAGACUGGCGGCUCAAGAACAGCACCAGCGGCCUCGGUACCCAAACCUAAAGAACCCAAAGAGCCACCGAAAAAAAAGUUGUUUCUAACAGACGGAUGGCAAGUGCCUUGCUCUGGGAUUUGUAUAUACAUGUUUCGCAUCAACACUACGAAGCAACUACCAGAAGAAGGUUUUCACCGAGAUCUUUACACAGGAAUAAUCGAUGCCAUCGCGGUUGGAAUGGUCCCCUCUAUACAGAGAAUCGUGGAACAUGUCUUCAUGGAUGCCUUGGCUCAUCCCGGCAUGGAGGACGAGGAUGACUGUCCAAUGAUCAAAAGUUUAUUGCUGCCUGGGCUGAGGUCAUUCUGCAGUGCUUUGAAAGUGUGUGAAGAAGUGGCGAUAGAGGGAAGUAUAUUCGACGAUGGAACGACCUUGAUGGCAGAUGUGCACAAUUUCGAGGAGGCCAAAGCUUUCUUAGCGAAGGAAGGCGCCGCCGGCCAAGUCGAGCAUAGAGUGAAGUCAUGGAUCAAGAAGUUGAGAGAUUUCAUGUUGGAAAGUAAACAAGUCAGAAGAGAAAAUGAUAACUCUGGACCCCAACAAGAGUUGGAGUACUGGAAAAGAAGGGGUGCGCAGUUUAGUCAAUUGACUAGACGAUUGCAGGAGCACGAAGUGCGGAUGUCUUUACUGUGCCUGCAAGUGGCUCGAUCAAAGACGAUUAAAGAUUGGGUAGAAGCUGAAGACGAGGUUACAUAUUGUUACAAUGAGUCUAAAGACAACGCAAAGUAUAUUCAAGCGAUGGAGAAGUGCUGUCAUUGUUUGUAUCUUGACGAUCCGGUAAAAAUGAGGGACUCUCUGGUAUCCUUGCUCCAAACCGUUCGCCUGAUAUACAGUGUGUCUCGAUAUUACAAUACUUCAGAGAGAACUAGUUCUUUGAUGGUGAAGAUUACGAAUCAGAUGAUCGCGGCUUGCCGAGAGUAUGUGACGAAAAGAGGCCGGGAAACUGUAUGGGGACAAGACAGGGCGGCUGCCAGAUCAAAAUUGAAACACUGUCUGCGUUUGAAUAAAGCCUACAGAGAAACUUACCGACUAGUUCGAUGCUCGCCUGCAGUCACGGAAGAAGAGUUCCGCUUUUCUGAAACCCAUGUGUUUGGUAGAUUCGAUUCAUUCUGUGCUCGGAUAGGUAAAAUUCUGAAAAUGUUCGACCUGAUCGAGGACUACCAGAGACUGUUCGAGCGCCGAAUGGAGGGAUUACUUCUCGGCGAAUCGCUGGACGAAGCCAUGAAAAUAUUCGAGGAAGCCAAAAAGUUGGCCACUAGUAAAUCGUACGACUAUCUCGACCCAAGAAACGCGGACUUCGACGUGGAUUACGAUGCUUUCAUGGCCAAAACUGACGUACUGAAGGAAAGCAUCGGCGAUAUAAUCGAGAAGAAUUAUGCCGACGUGUGGGAAACACCUCAGGGUAUCAGGUUUCUGACGAGAUUCGAGAAGGUUAGCGAAAAGAUCCCUCUGACAAAGCUGGACGAAAAAUAUAUUCUGGCUGUUCGCUACUGUGACAAAGAAAUAGAACGAACCCUAAAACUCUUUAAGCGACAAAGGGACGAUCCACCGCUUCCCAGACACAUGCCACCAAUCGCUGGCCGUUUAACUUGGGCCAAGUCCUUGAAAGUACAUUUAGACGAUUUAGCGACAUCUGUAUCAAGUCACCCGGUGUUGAAGGCUUUGCCACUGACGGUCGAUCUGGUGCGUAGAUACAAUCAUGCCGUUGCAGCGUUGCUUCAGUAUCAGGUAGACAUCGCUGAGGUUUGGACGCACCAGAAUUCCUGGAUUGUGGAAGACUGCUUGAAAAGGCCUUUGCUGACGAUAGAUCAGGAGUCGAGCAAAGUGCGAGUAAACCUUGAGAAUCGCAUCACUCUGUUGAUUAGAGAAGCUGACUGUCUAGCGAAACUUAAAUUGGAAAUACCGAUAGUUGCUCUAGCGAUUCUCUCGAAACGGGAGCACUUUACCUUGGUCACAGAUUCCCUGCAAUCCAUCAUCGAGAAUUUUGUCAGCACUGCACGCCGCGUUAAACUCGAAGUGAGACCUUUGCUGUUGCCUCACUUGGUAAGAGUCGCCUCUCUGCUAGGACCAGGGCUUAUUUCCCUGACUUGGACGAAUCCAGCGUGGAAAGACUUUUGUGAUAAUACUAAAGAGGAGAUUAAAACUUUCGACAUAUUGAUAACAAGGGUUCACGACGUCUAUACGAACAGAAUUCUGCAAGUCUUGGCGAGCAUGCAGAAGAUCAGCCUCCAUGCCUUGCCAGACGACGAGCCAUGGGGUGUGGAUGAUUUUGUUGAGAGAACAGAAGAGGCCUGCAGAGCUGCGGCAGUUGACUUGCAUCGAAAGAGUCUAAUGGUAGAAGAAGCAGUUGAGGAAGUGUUAGAGUUGGUCAGAAAUGCCGCGACCAGUUUUAAGAGUACUGCAGAAACCGAUCAAUUUGAUUUCUUGAAUCGCGAAGACCAGGAGGGGCAGAACGGUUCCGAUGAGGGCGGGCAACAACAGCAACAAGAUUGGUCUGUGGUUUGGGCGUGUUUCGACAACCCGCAUCAACUCUUGGCAACCCCCGGUGGCGGCCUUUCAAAAGGCAUGCAGGAGAUGGUGCGCAACGCCGUCUCCGAAAUGAGAAGAUACUAUUCAAGGAAGGUCGUCGACGUUCUCAUCAAAGUCACUCGGAGCUCUCUGGACGCACUGAGAAAAAGAUUUAUGCAAGAAACUGACAAUGAGGAUGGACCCCACCCGGUAUUUUUACUUCACGCUACUCUAGUGAUACCAGCUGUUACCGUACGACCGAACCUUGAACAAGUUCAAGAUUCAUUGAGUUCAGCGGGUAAAUGUAUCGCAGGAGUUGCUAGGGGUGUAGCGCAGUGGAAUGCUGGAAAAAGCAAGGCGACAGAAAAGGUAUUGCCUAAACGAAAUUUAUUUCACGUCGUCACGCUGGCUGAACAGGUAGCCGCUGAACAUCAAGCUCGAGAAGCGGAGGAUCCACGUGCCAGGCGAAGGCGCCUUUACAAAAUCGAGUCCGAAGAGAAGCCUGCUUUUCCCGUACAGCAAAGGAACUUUCAUGCUAUGGUCAUGGAGAACAAAGAAGUUGUUAAAAUGCUUUCUCUGCUAAGCUCAUGUACCCAGGAGUUAAGACAGGAUCUGACUAGCUUUCUUGAGCGCUGGAAACCUUACAAAUUUCUGUGGAAGAAUGAACGAACGGUACGAGAGUUAUUGCAAAUCGCGUUACCUGAGUUUGAGUCAACCCUGAGGAGACACGGCGAACUGGAAGAUAGACUGGCCACUGAACCAGACAUGGUUAUUUUUGGCACGUCGAUUGCCGUUUCGACGGAAAAGUUAAAGUACGGAUUGUAUACGGAGAUUAAAGGAUCAACGCACAAAAUUGGUCAAGCAAUGAAGAAGAAGUACAGGCGAGAGAUGGAAUACGUCUAUGCCGUGAUGAAUGAGAUGGAACGAAAGCUUGAUAGGCAGAUCCGCGAUUUGGAUGACGUUCGUUUGAUCAUGGACACGUUGAAAAAGAUUCGCGAGCAAGAAGUUGACAUGGAGCUAAAGAUUGAUCCUAUUGAAGAAGCUUUCAAUAUCGUUACGCGGUACGAAGUUCCAGUUGACAGGGAGUGCUUGGAGCAGGUCGAUAAUUUGCGCUACACGUGGCAACAGCUUCAAGGACGAGCUUUGGAGAGUCACGUUCUAUUGCUGACGUUACAGCCACAAUUCGAAGAAGAAUUACGGAACAACUUGGAGAAAUUCCGAAGUGAUAACGAAUCCUAUUGUGAAGAAUACAGGCACUCGGGACCAAUGCAGCCUGGCCUGACGCCUAGAGAAGCCUCCGACAGGCAAAUAUUAUUCCAGAAUCGAUUCGAUGGGAUGUGGCGCAAGCUACAGACUUAUCAGAACGGCGAGGAACUGUUUGGCUUGCCGACGACAGAUUAUCCGGAGUUGUCGCAGAUAAGAAAGGAGUUGAAUCUACUUCAGAAGCUUUAUAAGUUGUACAACGAUGUUAUUGACAGAGUCAGCAGCUACUAUGACAUACCUUGGGGAGAAGUCAACAUUGAAGAGAUUAAUAACGAACUGAUGGAAUUCCAAAAUCGUUGCCGGAAAUUACCGAAAGGCCUGAAAGAGUGGCCAGCCUUUUUUGCAUUGAAAAAAACGAUAGACGACUUCAACGACAUGUGUCCUCUUCUAGAACUCAUGGCGAACAGAGCAAUGAAACCACGUCAUUGGCAAAGAAUCGUCGAGGUCACUGGCCAUACUUUCGACUUAGACAGUGAAGGGUUUUGCUUAAAAAACAUUUUGGAAGCUCCGCUUCUCAAGUACAAAGAGGACAUCGAAGAUAUUUGUAUAUCGGCAAUGAAAGAGAAGGAUAUAGAAGCGAAAUUACGGCAAGUAGUGAAUGAAUGGUCGGCUCACGAGUUGACCUUCAUGACCUUCAACAACAGAGGCGAAUUAUUACUGCGAGGAGACACCACUGCAGAAACUAUCGGCCAGUUAGAAGACAGUCUCAUGGUUCUUGGAUCUCUUAUGUCGAAUCGUUAUAACGCUCCGUUUCGUAAACAGAUACAGCAAUGGGUUUCAGAUUUAUCGAAUACUAACGAAAUAUUGGAGCGGUGGUUACUCGUCCAAAACAUGUGGGUAUAUCUGGAAGCAGUGUUCGUCGGCGGUGACAUUGCCAAACAAUUACCAAAGGAGGCUAAGCGAUUUAGCAAAAUUGACAAGAGCUGGCAGAAAAUAAUGCAGAGAGCUCACGAAACACCUGGCGUCGUUCCGUGUUGCGUGGGUGACGAUUUGCUCAAACAGCUCCUGCCGCACUUGCAGGAACAAUUAGAGUUGUGCCAGAAAUCACUUAGUGGAUACUUGGAGAAGAAACGAAUGAUGUUUCCGAGAUUCUUUUUCGUAUCCGAUCCGGCAUUGUUGGAGAUUUUGGGCCAGGCGUCAGACUCCCAUACAAUUCAGAAUCAUCUUUUGUCAAUAUUUGAUAACACCAGGUAUGUGAGGUUUCACGACAUCGAGUACAACAAGAUGACGGCGAUUAUUUCUUCGGAGGGUGAAUCAAUUGUGCUUGAAAGAGCUGUUCGAGCGGAAGGCUCCGUCGAAACUUGGCUGAUGCAACUUCUCCAAACUUCUCAGCAGUCUCUACACUCCAUUAUCCGCCAAUCUCACGCUAUGAUAAACGACCAAAAUUUCAAUCUGCUAAGUUUUCUUGACAAAAUGCCCGCUCAAGUAGGGAUCCUUGGUAUUCAAAUGAUAUGGACCAGAGAUGCUGAGCUGGCGCUCAUGCAGGCUAGGGCGGAUAAAAAAAUCAUGGGUGAAACAAACAACAGAUUUUUAGAGCUACUCAACACUUUGAUCGACCAGACGACAAGAGACCUGACAAAAAUUGAUAGGAUUAAAUUUGAAACUUUGAUUACGAUACACGUUCAUCAAAGAGACAUUUUUGAUAUUCUGUGCCGAAUGAACGUGAGAUCAGUCAAUGACUUUGAAUGGUUGAAGCAAUGCAGGUUCUACUUCAAGGAAGACUUGGACAAAACUGCGAUAUUCAUUACGGACGUUCAAUUCACUUACCAAAAUGAAUACCUUGGCUGCACGGAACGAUUGGUCAUCACUCCACUGACUGACAGAUGCUAUAUAACUUUGGCCCAGGCCUUAUCGAUGUCCAUGGGGGGCUCGCCUUGUGGGCCGGCAGGUACUGGAAAGACUGAGACUGUCAAGGAUAUGGGAAAAACAUUAGCAAAGUAUGUCGUCGUAUUCAACUGUUCCGAUCAGAUGGACUACCGAGGCCUCGGCCGUAUCUAUAAAGGUUUAUCACAAAGUGGUUCUUGGGGUUGUUUCGAUGAAUUCAACAGGAUCGAACUGCCCGUCUUGUCUGUCGCUGCACAGCAAGUUGCUGUUGUCUUGGCCGCGAAAAAAGAAAAAAAGAAACAAUUUGUAUUCACCGACGGUGAUCAGAUCGACAUGUGUCCCGAACUCGGAAUAUUCAUCACAAUGAAUCCAGGAUACGCGGGACGCAAAGAAUUGCCAGAGAACUUGAAGAUUCAAUUUCGUACCGUAGCCAUGAUGGUACCCGACAGACAAAUUAUUAUUAGAGUAAAGUUAGCCAGCUGUGGUUUCCUCGAAAACAUCACACUGGCUCGAAAAUUUUACACUUUGUACAAAUUGUGCGAAGAACAACUCACAAAACAGGUUCAUUACGAUUUCGGACUGAGAAAUAUUCUGUCAGUUUUGCGAACACUUGGAGCAUCAAAAAGAGUUAACUCGAAAGAUUCGGAAAGUACUAUAGUCAUGCGAGUACUCAGAGACAUGAAUCUUUCGAAAUUAAUCGAUGAAGACGAGCCGCUGUUCAUAUCGCUGGUGGCUGAUUUGUUCCCAAACCAAGCGCUUGAAAAAACAGCUUACCCGCACCUGGAGACAGCCAUUGAUCAGCAGGUGCAAGAAGCUGGAUUGGUUUACCACCCUCCAUGGGUCUUGAAAUUGAUUCAACUGUAUGAAACGCAAAGAGUGAGGCACGGAAUAAUGACUCUGGGUCCUACUGGUGCAGGAAAAACUACGUGCAUUCACACUUUGAUGAAAGCUUUGACGCAAUGUGGGGAUGCCCACAGGGAGAUGAGAAUGAAUCCGAAGAGUAUAACUGCUGCACAAAUGUUUGGCCGGCUUGACGUGGCCACUAAUGACUGGACUGACGGAAUUUUCUCUGCACUAUGGCGGAAGACUUUGAAGCUCAAAAAAGGGGAACACGUGUGGUUGGUCUUGGACGGGCCAGUGGACAGUAUUUGGAUAGAAAAUUUGAAUUCCGUGUUGGACGAUAAUAAAACCUUGACCCUGGCCAAUGGAGACAGACUAGCGAUGGCUCCUACAUGUAAGAUAAUUUUCGAACCCCACAACAUAGACAAUGCAAGUCCAGCUACGGUAUCACGGAACGGAAUGGUUUACAUGAGUUCAUCGGGCUUGGAUUGGAAGCCGGUUGUUACUGCGUGGUUGAAAAGUCGGGCGACUCUGGAAGAGGAGGUCUUCAGCGAAAUGUUCGACCAAUCAUUUUCUCAGCUGUACGCUUGGAGUACUCAAAACUUGGUAUUUUCGAUGAGGAUACUUCAGUGCAACGUGGUUCGUCAAAUGCUUUGCCUGUUGGAAGGUUUGGUACCCCCGGAAGUUCCCGUUGAAGAAGACGAGGAUGACGAAGACAUCGAGAGAGAUAAGCCACAGCCCAUGUCGGCGGAGCAUCUGAGACGGUUUUACGUUUUCGCAAUGAUUUGGGGUCUUGGAGCCUUUUUGGAAACUGCAGAUCGACUCAAGUACGAUGACUACGUGAGAACGAAUUUGACGGCGUUCGACCUACCUACAUCGGAAAAAUACCCGAAGGCUACGGUCUUCGAUUUCGUUGUCAAUGACAAGGGGAAAUGGGAUCCUUGGGCGACUUUAGUUAUGAAUUACUCGUACCCUGAUUACGCUACUCCAGAUUAUAGCAAUAUCUUAGUACCGAUUCAAGAUAACGUGAGGAUUCAAUAUCUGGUCGACCUGAUCGGACGUCAGGAUAGAGCGGUUCUGUUGAUUGGAGAGCAAGGAUCUGCUAAAACAGUCAUGAUGAAAUCGUACAUGAAAAGAGCAAAUCCAGAAACAACUUUGGGACGUUCGUUCAACUUCAGUUCUGCUACAACUCCGUAUCAAUUUCAAAAGACGAUUGAAAGUUAUGUUGAAAAACGACUUGGUAAUACCUUUGGGCCACCGGGUGGAAAGAAGAUGCUUGUAUUCGUCGACGAUGUUAAUUUGCCCCAAAUCAACGAAUGGGGUGACCAAAUUACAAACGAAAUUGUCCGACAAACAAUGGAUAUGAAGGGAUUCUAUUCCCUCGAGAAGCCUGGUGAAUUCACAACCGUUGUUGACGUUACGUUUUUGGCUGCGAUGGGACAGCCGGGGGGUGGACGAAACGACAUCCCUUCGCGUCUGAAGAGACAAUUUUGCAUCUUCAACUGUACGAUUCCGAAUGACGCUUCGAUCGACAGGAUCUUCAGCGUUUUGGGCGAAGGUCACUAUAAUACAAAAAGGGGGUUUUCAACGGAGGUCAGGAGUCUCGUGAAAAAAAUGGUACCGCUGACCAGAGUUCUCUGGCAAAGAACCAGAGCCAAGUUAUUACCAACGCCAGCCAAGUUUCAUUACGUUUUCAGCCUUCGGGAUUUAUCACGCAUCUGGCAAGGAAUGGUUGGCACACUAUCAACGGUCAUAGAGAGUGAAAGCGUUCUCAUGCUUCUUUGGAAACACGAAUGUACAAGGGUAUUUAGUGACAGAUUUACCUUGCUAACGGACAAGCAAUGGUUUGAUGAAGAGUUAGUCAACACCGUAGAAGAAGUACUGGGGACCAAUUACGUACCUAUGAUUGAUAAGAAUCCAGUCUUCGUUGACUUCAUGAGAGACGCUCCCGAGCCGACUGGAGAAGAGGGAGAAGACGCUGACAUGGAACUACCAAAGGUUUACGAACCUGUUGAAGAGCACCAAAUCUUGAGGGACCGAUUAGAAAUGUUUUUAUCCCAGUUUAACGAAAUGCAGAGAGGGGCUGGUAUGGAUUUAGUUUUCUUCCCUGACGCCAUGUUACAUCUGGUUAAAAUUUCGAGAGUCAUCAGGCAUCCAAGAGGGAACGUAAUGCUUGUUGGUGUCGGUGGCUCUGGUAAACAGAGCUUAACGAAGCUAUCGUCUUUCAUUGCUGGAUAUAAGACCUUCCAAAUUACAUUGACUAGAUCCUACAACGUGACAAACUUCCUUGAAGAUUUGAAAUUUCUUUACCGCUCGUGUGGCGCUCAAGGCAAAGGUACGACCUUCAUAUUUACCGACCUUGACAUCAAAGAGGAAGGGUUCCUCGAAUACUUGAAUAACGUUUUGAGCUCUGGAGUCAUAAGCAAUCUGUUCACAAGAGACGAACAGGCAGAAAUAAUUUCCGAACUUACACCGGCCCUGAAAAGAGAAAAUCCUAAGAGAACGUUGAACAACGAACUUGUCAUGGAAUACUUUCUCCAACGAACUUGUCAAAACUUACACGUGGUGUUCUGUUUCUCUCCAGUUGGUGAGAAAUUCCGAAAUAGAGCCCUCCGAUUCCCAGCUCUCAUAUCCGGAUGCACGAUUGACUGGUUCCAGCCCUGGCCAAGAGAUGCAUUGGUCCUAGUGGCCGAGCAUUUCUUGCACGAUUUUGAAAUCGCCUGUACAGAUCACGUCAAAAUGCAGUUAGUCAACGCAUUAGGCUCUAUACAAGAUGUAGUGGCAGAAACUUCAACCGAGUAUUUCCAGCGGUUCAGACGAGCCACCCACGUUACCCCAAAAUCUUACUUGAACUUUAUUGGAGGAUACAAAAAUAUAUACCAAUUGAAACAGCAUGAACUUGGAGAAGGUGCGAGGAGAAUGGACACUGGACUUGCUAAAUUAGAAGAAGCAUCAGUGUCUGUAGAGCUGUUGAAACAAGAACUGGCUGUUAUGGAACAGGAAUUAGCACACGCGUCACAGAAGGCAGAGACCGUGCUUUUGGAGGUGACUGAGCGAGCAAUGCAGGCGGAAACUUUUAAAAAUCAAGUGCAAAAAGUGAAAGAAAAGGCAGAGGUAUUGGUUGCCUGCAUUGCCGAGGAGAAAGCGGUAGCUGAGCAAAAGCUGGAGGCUGCGAAACCAGCCCUCGAAGAAGCUGAAGCUGCCUUGAAUACUAUCAAGCCGGCGCAUAUAGCUACUGUCAGAAAGUUGGGCCGACCCCCGCACCUGAUCAUGAGAAUUAUGGACUGCGUACUGAUUCUGUUUCAACGAAAAAUUGGAUCAGUCGUUCCCGAUUCUACGGCCUUAUGUCCAAAGCCCUCUUGGGCAGAGUCGCUCAAAAUGAUGGCCAGUACAACGUUUCUGCUGCAAUUACAAAACUACCCUAAAGAUAUAAUCAAUAACGAAAUGGUCGAGUUGUUGCAGCCGUACUUUAAGAUGGAAGACUAUAAUAUGGAAACAGCAAGAAGAGUGUGUGGAGACGUAGCCGGUCUUCUCUCAUGGACCAAAGCCAUGGCCUUCUUUCAUUCCGUGAACAAAGAGGUUCUUCCACUAAAGGCAAACUUGACUUUACAAGAGGCUAGACUCAAAGUAGCUAUGGAAGAUCUUGCCAAUGCGGAAAGAGAGUUGUCCGAACGAGAAAUGGCCUUGCAGGCCGUUAAGGAACAGUAUGACGCAGCUGUGUCAGAAAAACAACGUUUAACGGAUGCAGCCAACGUGUGUCUUAGAAAAAUGACUGCUGCUACCGCUUUGAUAAAUGGUCUGGGAGGUGAAAAAAUUCGGUGGACACACCAAAGUCGAGAAUUCAAAGACCAACUCGGACGAUUGGUUGGAGACGUUCUACUAGCAACCGGGUUUUUGUCCUACUGUGGACCCUAUAAUCAGCAAUACAGAGGUGGGCUCGUCAACUCUUGGAUGGAUAUUUUAACCACUCGAACUAUUCCGUUUACCAAAGACUUAAAUAUAACUAACAUGCUCGUGGACUCUGCCACGAUAUCGGAAUGGACCCUGCAAGGUCUUCCGAACGACGAGUUGUCCGUGCAAAACGCUUUGAUUGUGACAAAGUCAUCGUCAUAUCCCCUUCUGGUUGACCCACAGAACCAGGGUAAAAUGUGGAUAAAAAAUAAAGAAACGUCGAAUGAGCUACAGAUAACAUCUCUCAAUCACAAAUACUUCAGAACUCACUUAGAAGACAGUUUGUCACUAGGAAGACCGUUACUUAUUGAAGAUGUAGCGGAGGAACUCGAUCCCGUUAUUGACAACGUAUUGGAGAAAAAUUUCAUCAAGUCAGGUUCUAUCGAGAAAGUAAUAGUUGGGGACAAGGAGUGUGAUGUUAUGCCUGGUUUCAUGCUCUACAUCACAACUAAAUUGCCGAACCCAGCGUAUAGUCCAGAAAUAUCAGCAAAGACGUCAAUCAUCGAUUUCACGGUAACUAUGCAAGGGUUAGAAGACCAGCUACUCGGUAGGGUGAUUCUGAUGGAAAAGGCUGACUUGGAGGCUGAACGUGUUGCUCUAUUCGAGUCAGUGAUGACGAAUCAAAGAUCAAUGAAAGAGCUUGAGAGCACUUUGCUGCACAGAUUGACCUCCUCUGAAGGUUCGCUGGUAGAUGACGAAGCUCUGAUUCGUGUUUUGCAGGAAACAAAAUCGACCGCAGAAUCGGUUAGUGAAAAACUGCAAGUUGCUGCAUUAACGGAAAGGAAAAUCACGAUAGCAAGAGAAGAAUUCCGUGCAGUAGCUGCUAGAGGGUCCAUCUUAUACUUUCUCAUAGUUGAAAUGAGUAACGUGAAUGUGAUGUACCAAAACUCUUUGAAGCAAUUCUUGACUAUAUUCGAUAACUCGAUAACGAAAUCGACUAAGAGUGCAAUCACUAAUGAACGGAUAGACAUUAUUCUCAGACAUCUGACCCUUGAAGUAUGGGGAUUCACAUUGCGGAGUUUGUACGAAAGGCACAAGGCACUUUUCACGCUCAUGCUGGCAAUGAAAAUAGACUGCCAGCGCGAGGCGAUCUCCCACGCAGAAUUUAUGGCAUUUAUAAAAGGAGGAGCGUCUCUGGAUCUCAACGCAGUAGCGCCAAAACCGUUCAAGUGGAUACUGGACAUAACUUGGUUAAACCUGGUGGAAAUCAGCAAGCUCGAAGUAUUCUCUGAAGUGCUGACGAAGAUCGAAUUCAACGAGAAAGAGUGGCGUCAAUGGUAUGAAAAGGAGAAACCCGAAGAGGAGGAACUACCUUGUGGUUAUCAAAAGAAUCUCGACGUCUUCCGGAAGUUACUGUUAGUCAGAUCGUGGAGUCCUGACCGAACUCUUUCUCAGGCGAGAAAGUAUAUAAUAGAAUCCCUGGGCAAAGAGUAUGGCGAGGCGAGAAUUUUGGAUCUAGAAACUACGUGGUCGGAGUCAGAACCAAGAAGUCCUCUCAUUUGCAUUUUAUCCAUCGGGUCAGAUCCAAGCCCGCAGAUAACUGCGUUAGCGAAACAAAAGGAUGUUCAACUCAGAUCCGUUUCGAUGGGGCAAGGGCAGGAAUUUCAUUCUCGUAAAAUGAUCAGUGAUGCUAUGGCCACCGGAGGAUGGGUCCUCCUGCAGAACAUUCAUCUGUCUCUUCCUUUCUGCACUGAAGCUAUGGACGCUCUGGUCGAAACCGAGAACAUUCAUGAGUCAUUCAGACUGUGGAUGACGACGGAAGUUCACGCGCAGUUUCCAAUUGGUUUGUUACAGAUGGCCAUCAAGUUUACAAACGAACCACCGCAAGGCAUAAGAGCAAGUUUGAAGAGGACGUACCAAGGGGUGACACAAGAUGCUCUAGAUUACAGCACGCAGGCUCAAUGGCCGCCGCUUUUAUACGCUGUUGCAUUUUUGCAUACCGUUGUACAGGAGCGAAGAAAAUUCGGACCACUAGGUUGGAAUGUGCCGUACGAAUUUAACCAGGCGGACUUCGCUGCGUCGGUGCAGUUCAUUCAAAAUCAUUUGGACGAUAUGGAUCCUAAGAAGGGAGUCUCUUGGCCGACAGUAUGCUACAUGCUUGGAGAAGUUCAAUAUGGAGGCAGAGUAACAGAUGAUUUCGAUAAACGUUUAUUGACAACAUUUACGCACGUAUGGUUCUGUGACGUUUUAUUACGACCAGGGUUUGAAUUCUAUCACGGUUAUCGCGUACCUCAGACUCGAAACCUGCAAGGGUACAUUGAUUACAUAAACAGUCUACCAGUUUCCGAUACGCCAGAAGUAUUUGGACUGCAUUCGAAUGCGGACAUAACUUACCAGAUAAACACCGCAAAAGGAAUACUAGAUACAAUUUUGAACGUACAGCCGAAAGAAGGAGGCGCCCAAGGUGGCGAGACGAGAGAAAGCAUCGUUUACAGGCUGGCUGAUGACAUGCUAUCGAAAUUACCACCCCAGUAUAACGCAUUCGAAGUUAAGGAAGCCCUGCAAAGAAUGGGAGCUCUGCUUCCGAUGAAUAUUUUCCUGCGUCAAGAGAUUGACAGGAUUUCGCGUGUGAUAAAGGAAGUCCAAUCGACUCUAAGCGAUCUCAAAUUAGCCAUCGAUGGCACUAUAGUUAUGAGCCAAGGCCUUCGGACAUCGCUAGACGCGAUGUACGACGCUCGCAUACCCGAAAAGUGGCAAAAGAUAUCGUGGGAGUCUGCAACUCUGGGAUUUUGGUACACGGAGCUGUUGGAAAGGGAUGGACAGUUUAGGCACUGGUGCGCCAACGGUCGUCCGAACGCUUUCUGGAUGACGGGAUUCUUCAACCCUCAGGGAUUUCUAACCGCAAUGAGACAAGAAGUGACCAGAGCGCAUAAGGGGUGGGCAUUGGAUUCGGUGGUUCUUCAAAAUUUGUUAACCCGGCACAAUAAAGAGGACGUGAAAGAACCCCCACAGGAGGGAGUUUACGUCCAUGGUUUAUUUCUGGAGGGUGCAUCGUUGGAUAGGAAAUCAGGAAAGUUGGUAGAGAGCAAACCAAAGGUGCUUUACGAACAGAUGCCAGUUAUAUACAUAUACGCAAUAAAUACAACGGCUGGAAAAGAUCCAACGCUCUACGAGUGUCCGAUUUACAGAAAACCUCAGAGAACUGAUCAGAAAUACGUCGGAUCAAUCGACUUUGAAACUGAUCAUAAUCCUCGGCAUUGGACUCUGAGAGGAGUCGCGUUAUUGUGCGACAUAAAAUAAAGGGCCAUAGGGUAAUAAAAACUUACAUACAUGUAUACAUGACGUGCAAAGUUGGAAUAAUAUCAUGUAAUUAGCAAAGUUAUUUACGUGGACUACAUAAUUGAUACAUGGAUAGUAUUUAAUUUUUAUAAUAACUACUGGAAGGAACAAAUCAUGCGUACGUACAUGUCGCAGGUAAAUUUCAAUUUCGGACUGAGUUAUCUCAAGUAAAGUAAAUUAAUUUUUUGCGGUUACAAUUAUAACGUACACACACAUAAUGUUACAUCCUGAUACGAAAUAACAUCAAAAUUCAUUCAUACAUAUACAUUUUUUUUUUUUUACAAAAUUCAUAUUCAAAAUCAUCUACGUUCAAAUUUGAAAAACGCGACUAAAACACUAUAUUAAAUUAAUAAAAUAAUUCGAUGUACAAAUUCAACGUCUGUGCAAAUAUUAUACUAUUACUUAAUUGUAAACGUACUUGCGGUGUAUACGACCAGAUAUACACGGCAUAUAUCUUAAACUACUUGAAUAAAGAAAUCCGUGGAAUAAAUAUUCAUGUAAAUAUUGGACACGUAAUAUUAACCAGGUGAUUAAAUAUUCAUUUCAUGUAAUAUCUCAUCAAUCAUUCAAUUUGGUACCUGUUUUACUAUCAAACCGUGCCACUUGAUAAAAAGCUAUCGAUUACAUCGAGUACAUCAGCGCUAAGCUAAGAUAAAAUCUUUCAUACACAUGAAAUACAAUACGCACAUUAGAGCGGUCCUUAUUUGGGUUAUUUUGUUAAAAAAACAGAUAUUUUAAAAUAAAUUUUGACCCGAUUAGGUGGACACUAUGACUAUUAAAAAAUGUGCCAAAUAAGGACCAUAAUAAUACAAGCAAAUCGUAAAUAAAAAUGUAAUUCACUGUAAGUAACUUUUUAUAUAGUAAAUCUCAAGAAUAUUAUAACAAUUGUAAAUUUUUUAUAGAAAACAUUUAAUUGGAUAAAUACCGCUAUAAAAAAGAUUUACCAAGCAACCGAGAAUUCUUGCACACAAAAAAUUGUAAUGCAAAUUUAUUUCUCUGUUUAUAGAAGUAUUAUAUCAUAAGCUUUGA